AUGCAGAAAUUUCAGCUCGUAUCAAUGCUUUGUGCAUCGUUCCUGAUUGGCUUAACGAUAAGUCAAGGCGCUCAAGCACGACUUCUACACAAACGCUCGUUCCUCCAAAUGGGCUGUAAAGGUGAAUUUGUCCCAUCCUUCUUCGCACGUCUGGAUCGUGUUUGUGAGGAAUGCUUCCAGAUGUACCGCAAACCAUUUAUUUUCGACUCAUGCCGAUCGGAUUGUUACCGGAAUGAGACAUUUUUGUUGUGCACUGAAGCCCUAAUGCUCCACAAGGAAAAGGAUAUGCUUGAAAGUAUGGUAAAUCAACUCUACGGACCUAUCCCUUAAAUCAGCAGGAGACCAACUGCGUCACAACCGCUACGAGUCUUCAGCUAAACAAAUCGGUUACAGCAAACCAAGAGAAUAUUAACUGGACAAAAUUUCUUUUAGCAUUUAAUACGAAAAAAAACCGUAACUUGAACGCUUCACUCAAAUAAAUUCACCAUCUAGAAAAUAGAAAUAAUACCUACGUUUACCUUUAAAUGAAAUUUAGGAAAAAACUAGGUUGGGUUGAAGCAAAGGCAACGCUGUUUAUUUAUGCACUUCUGCGAAGAAGUGGUUUUAUUAAAGUUAGCUUAACAUUUGAUGGUAAGAUUCGCAUCUCUUGGAAAGAGGCACGAGAGCGUCGUUUACCAAUCCCGACUAUGACAACUUUAAAAAACGACCCGCCGAGCAUGACGACUAAAGCUGUUCGUAUCGUAAAUCACAACUGUCAGUUUCUUCAAGAAUACAUUUAUCGAUGUUACGCUUAUGCCUGUCAGGCCACUUAUGAUACAUUUUAACUGUGACUAUCAUCCAUUGGUAAGAAUUCAGUGUUGAUGGAAUGUUUUAUCUUUAAAGGACCAACUAAUCAGAGGAAAUAAAAAUAAACAAAUAUACUAUUUGCUGUUUUGUAAAGUAGGAUAUUAGAAGAACAACAGAAGUGUUUAAUUUUUGGUUGCCUUUUUAUCAAAUAUAUACAUUUACGCGAAUGCCCCUCUUUGCCGGGCCUUAGACCCAACCAAACGAGUAUCCAUAUCUGUGAGCGUGUGGAGAAUUUACAAACUAAUCAAAAAGCGCGUGACGUUAACUUUAAAAACGAAUGGUAUAUAAAAAUGCUGGUUUCUAUGUUCAACUUCUACGACAGAAUAAAAGCAAUA